UCCAUUCAGACAGAACCCAAUUUGGGGCUGAACCUGUGGUGCAACACUCAUGAGGAGCAAGUCCCACUUCUGUGCACAUGGUUGCUUGUUGCCUGAUAGACACAGUGGCCAUAGACACAUCUUAUCUGGAUGCUGAUGGAUGGUCCAAAGAAAACCUGUCUACACUCAGAAGUGACAGCUAGCUUGCAGCCUGACAUGAAUGAAUAGCAAGAUUGAACAGAUUUUUUGCCCCAGGCUUCCUCUGCUGAUGUGUUAAGUUUGGCAGCAUAGUUUGGAGAAGUGGCAGAAUCUUAUUGGAGUUGUGUACAAAAAAGACCGGGGAAAAAAAAAGAAGAAAAAAAAAAGAAGAGAUGUGUGAAUUCAUGUUGAUUAUUUUGAAGCCAUAAACAAGUGGCAUCAGAAAAGAAUCUGACAACCAUAUGGACUUUCAAAAGUGUGAAAUCUUCUGAAAAUGAUAUGCGAUGAUGUAAAGACUUGAAUGAAUAAAAAGAAGACUUGAGACAUGCAUGGAUGGAAAGUACAGACAGAGGACUGGAAUCUGCAAUAUAGGAGCUAAGAUUCUGGGUAUGACUAUCUGGUGGAGUGCAUUCUCAGCUCACCUUCAUGUUGCCCAUCGUUUUCUUUGCAUUCAUCCUUACUUGGUGCUUAAACAAAGGCAACUGCGUCUCCUAUGAUGAGCUGAAGGACAUGAAGAUUGAAUUUGCAAUCAAUCUCUACCGCCGUGCCUCUGAAGCAGACAACAGAACCAACUUGGUCAUUUCCCCAGCAAGCGUGGCCAUUUCUUUGGAGCUGCUGCAGUUUGGAGCUCAAGGAAAUACCUUCAUGGAGCUGCAGAAUGCUCUAGGAUACAACGUUCAUGAUCAAAGCGUGCAGGACAUGUUACUCAAGGUGUAUGAAGGAGCAGCUGACUCUGGCCAGGGUGCUGUGGUGCAGCUGGCAUGCUCCCUCUUCACGCACACUGGUGUGCAGCUCUCACCCCACUUUGCUGCACAUGUCACGCACUGGGCCAACAGCAGCCUUCAGCAAGCUGACUUCACCAACCCCAACCAAACUGCAGCCCAGAUACAGGGGUGGAUCAUCGGUAACAUUGCAGACAAGGACGUGCACAGUGUGCCUUCUGAGGAAGCUGUGUCACCGCUCAGCCGGGUGGCUGUGGUGGGCACCAUGCAUUUCAAGAGCACGUGGCUGAAGAAGUUUUCCUUUAUGGAUACCCAGAUCUUGCCUUUUACCACGGCAGAGAGCUCAACCCUGAAAGUACCCACAAUGCAUCACACAGCUGAAGUUAACUACGGUCAGUUCCAGACAACGACUCAGGAUGCUUUCAGUGUCGUUGAGUUACCCUACCUAGGGGAGAAACUCAGCAUGUUCAUAGUGCUUCCAAGCCACAAACGAACACCUUUGUCCCAGAUUGAGACUCAUCUUUCUGCCAAAACCAUAGCACUCUGGUCCAGCAGCUUAAAGAGGACAAAGAUGGAUAUUUUUCUACCUAGGUUUAGUAUUCAAAGCCUUUUUGAUCUAAAGACAGUUUUUUCUGCCUUGGGAAUUAGAGAUGCAUUUGAUCCCACCACUGCUAAUUUUAAAGGCAUUUCAGAGCAAGCUGGCCUUCAUAUUUCGGAAGCUAUUCACCAUGCAAAGAUUGAAGUAACAGAGGAUGGCACAAAGGCAUCAGGAGCUACAGCAAUGCUACUACUAAAAAGAUCUCGAACACCUAUUUUCAAAGCAGACAGACCUUUCACUUUUUUCCUGAGACAAGCCAACACAGGUAUGUACACAUGCUUUCUGAUUCAGCAGCAGAAUCGUUCACAAGCAGCACCAAAAUUGGUAAGAAGCUUGUCGUGCAUCUUCAGUCCAGGACAUUUCAACAGCCAGGAAUAGUGAGUUUAGAUUUUAAAGCACACAUAAGGAAUAGUUUAAUUUCCUUUAAAAUAUAUAAUAAAAAAAAGGAGAGUCAAGUCAGGAAAGGCAAAUUAACUUCUAUCUUUGUAUGUAGAUUAGUGAUAGGACAAGGGGGGUGGUUUUAAACUAAAGGAAGGGAGAUUUAGAAGUCAGGAGGAAGUUCUUUACUGAGAGAGUGGUGAGGCACUGGAACAGGCUGCCCAGAGAGGCUGUGGAUGCUCUGUCCCCAGAGGUGUUCAAGGCCAGGUUGGAUGGGGCCCUGGGCAGCCUGAUCUAGUACUGAUCUGGCAGCUGGCAAUCCUGCAUGUGGCAGGAGGGUUGGAGCUUGAUGAUCCUUGAGGUCCCUUCCAACCCAAGCUACUCUACAGUUCUAUGAUUCUAUAAUUUCUACUAUGGUAAGCACCAGAAGUACAUAAAGACCUUAAAUGCCCCAGCACGGGAAACAGAACUCCGCAGGGCAAUCAAAAUCCCAAAUGGGCAGCAGAGGUAGCUGUAGUUAACAUACGAUUUUUUCCUCUACAAAAGGAACUUAUUCAUGCCUGCACAGGUGGCACGCAGCAAAUUGACUUCUGAGCACAAGCAGCAGGACUCCACAGCCUGAAAUUCCCUGCUUUAGCACUACCUCAACAGUAUGAAGGGGCAUAGCUCAGCAGUUCAGCAAACUAAAGCCUUCCACCCAGCUACAGUUCCAAAUAUACAUAAGUUUCUCUCCUCUUGUGUCGAAUACCAACAUCUUCGAGGAGACUCUUCCCUGCUUCACGUUCUCCUGAAACAUCCAGGUUCUCAAAUGCCAUGGAAGCACACUGGAUGUCACUAACAGACUGAGACCAUAGCUCUGCAGAAAGCCUACAACUUGUGCAUUCACUUUGGCAAUCAUUUUCAGGAUUCAGUAAAACACUGUUUGGGGCCUGCCUAAAAAGAUGCGAGGAAGUUAUUUUCCUUAAUUGCUUACAGCAGAUAAUUAUGUUCACUGCCUGUAAAUGCCCACAUAAUUAAUACUCAGCUUCACAGAUUCUGAUAAAUCAAAGCAUGUGUAUUAAGCAAAGGCAAAAAAUUAGGAAAAAAUGCACUGAAGUAAAUCCGGCCUACAAUUAAGGACUCCUCAGGAUUAAGACCAAACAGUAAUUUCAGGGAAUAAAUUUGCUCUCUUUACAGUAUAUGAUAAAUCACAUGAAAAGGAAAUGCAAUUGUACAAUAGGAUCCUUACGUGAUUGAAGUGUAUGUAUUAUUGUGCUGCAACUCAAAACUCAGAAGUACACUUAGUUUAAUAUUUCCAAUGGAAAAAAAAAAAGGAAACCCAAAAACAUUGUCAUUGUAUUUGUUCAGGCACAGUAAAUGAAGUUUUUCCACUGGGAAAAUAGCAGAGUUGUAUUACUCUGUUCAGAAGGGAUUCUUUAGGAUGCGUCCUGAGGAUCAACCUGGUCAGGUUACUAUUUGGAAACACUGUUCUGUUUUCAGUACAGUAAUGGUCAAAUUAUUCUAAGGAAAGCAUGUCAUUGCUAAAUCAAUUUUUCCAUAUAAUGAAGAAUUUCAGUUCUGCUACUUCUGUGCUUUGAAAACUUGGUCCCAAUUUUAACACUCUUUUCUUUUACAGGCUCAGUACUCUUUAUAGGAAGAGUUACAAAUCCUUCAUAAUAAAUUCUAGUCAAAUACCAUCUUCUGUUCUUCCUAUGAUGAACUUCUCUCGGAUGAAAUU